AUGUCGCUGAACGAAGUCUGGGAGGCAGCCUCUGCAACCCCUUUCCACCCUAUUGUCUCCAAGGAUAGCCAGUUCGCCAUUGGCUUCAACUUGCUCUGCGUUGCCGUGAUUGCUAGUGGUCUGUUUGGACUGAAACGUUCGUUCCUGAGUCUCUUCACCCUGGGCGUUCCAGCCGCUCUAGCAACCGGAUUCGGAGCUGUGCUUAUGAUCUGCGCCGUCGGAGUUUAUGUUUAA